AUGCUGAAGCACCCGGAUUUGCGCCUGCGCCGACUGCGGGAGAAAGCGCCGGUGCGCGACAUGGUGCGGGAGACCCGCAUCAACGCCGCCAACUUCAUCUACCCGAUGUUCGUCACCCACGGCGAGAACAUCAGGGACGAGAUUGAGCCCAUGCCCGGGUGUUAUCACACCUCCAUUGACCGCCUGGGAGAAGAGAUCGACGAGGUGGUCGAACUGGGGAUUCCAUCAGUGCUGCUGUUUGGCCUGCCGCCCGAAAAGGACGGCGUGGGCAGUGGCGCUUACGAUCCCGAGGGGAUAAUCCAGGAGGCGACGCGCACCAUCAAGGAACGCGCGCCGGGACUGAUGGUCAUUGGCGACGUGUGCCUGUGCGAGUACACCGACCACGGGCACUGCGGCGUCAUCGACGGUGACCGGAUCGACAACGACGCCACGCUGGAACUGCUGGCGCGGUCCGCGUUGACGCAAGUGCAAGCCGGCGCCGACAUGGUCGCCCCUUCUUCCAUGAUGGACGGGCAGGUGCGGGCGAUACGGGAGACGCUGGACGCCCACGGCUACGACGACACGCCGAUCAUGGGCUAUGCGGCCAAGUACGCUUCAUCGUUUUAUGGCCCCUUCCGCAUCGCCGCCGAUUCCACGCCGCAGUUCGGCGACCGGCGCAGCUACCAGAUGGACCCGGCCAACCGCCGUAUGGCCAUGCGGGAGAUUGAGUCGGACAUCGCCGAGGGCGCUGACAUCGUGAUGGUCAAGCCGGCCAUGGCGUACCUGGACGUUAUCAAAGAGGCCCGGGAGCGGUACGACUACCCGCUGGCGGCGUACAACGUGAGCGGCGAGUACUCAAUGGUGAAGGCGGCAUCGCGGGCCGGCUGGAUUGAUGAAAAGCCGAUCACGCUGGAACUGCUGACGGCAAUGCGCCGUGCCGGCGCGGACAUCAUCAUCUCCUAUCACGCCAAGGAAGUUGCCCGCUGGCUGCGAGGUCAGGAGUAG